GUGACGUGUAUUUUUGUCGGCAUUUUGUACAUACUUUAUAAAAUCAACACAAAAUUUUAGUAGCUUUGCAUUUGGAAGAGACACGUAAGCUAAGCAAGUACAAGAAGAUAAACUAGGAGCAACAAUGAGGAAGCAACUAACAGCACCGAGCAUAUUGUUGCUGGUCACGCUUAUUGCAGGCGGCACAAACGCCUUCUACUCGCCCAGUGACGGCGUUGUGGAACUGACAACAGCCAACUUUGAGCGCGAGGUUAUGCAGGAUGAUGCCAUUUGGGUGGUGGAGUUCUAUGCGCCUUGGUGUGGCCAUUGCCAGUCGCUGGUGCCGGAGUACAAGAAGCUGGCCAAGGCUGUUAAGGGUGUGGUGAAGGUCGGUUCAGUCAAUGGCGACGAGAAUAGCAGUUUGAGUGGCCAAUAUGGAGUACGUGGCUUUCCCACUAUCAAAAUAUUCGGCGCCAACAAGCGCACGCCCACUGAUUUUAAUGGCCAACGCACAGGUAAGGCAAUUGCGGAGGCGGCUUUAGCCGAAGCUAAAAAGAAGGUGCAAGCUGCUUUUGGUGGAGGCAGCAGCAGCAGCAGCGGUGGCAGCUCAUCUGGCUCAAAUGGUGACGUCAUUGAGCUGACAGAAGAUAACUUUGACAAGCUGGUGCUAAACUCUGAUGACAUUUGGCUGGUGGAGUUCUUUGCACCAUGGUGCGGUCACUGCAAGAAUCUGGAGCCCGAAUGGGCCAAGGCUGCCAAGGAGCUCAAGGGCAAAGUCAAGCUGGGCGCACUGGAUGCCACUGCACAUCAAAGCAAGGCGUCCGAGUAUAAUGUACGCGGCUAUCCCACCAUCAAGUUCUUCCCCGCCGGCAGCAGGCGUGCCAGCGAUGCUCAGGAAUACAAUGGCGGACGCACUGCCUCAGACAUCAUUAGCUGGGCCAGUGACAAGCAUACGGAAAAUGUGCCCGCACCCGAGCUGCUGGAAGUUACUGAUGAGGCUAGUUUCGAUGCCGCCUGCGAGGGCAAACCUCUGUGUGUGGUUUCAGUGCUGCCGCAUAUACUGGACUGUGAUGCCAAGUGCCGCAACAAGUUCCUCGAUACGCUGCGCACAUUGGGCGAGAAAUUCAAACAAAAGUUGUGGGGCUGGGCUUGGGCUGAGGGCGGUCAGCAGCCUGCUUUGGAGGAAUCACUCGAAGUUGGCGGCUUUGGCUACCCAGCCAUGGCUGUGGUCAACUAUAAGAAAAUGAAGUUCUCUGUGCUGAAGGGCUCCUUCUCCCAAGAUGGCAUCAAUGAAUUCCUGCGUGAUAUUUCCUAUGGACGUGGCCAUACAGCUCCAGUGCGUGGCGCUAAGAAACCGGAGAUUGUGAACGCUCAACCGUGGGAUGGCAAGGAUGGCCAGCUGCCCACAGAAGAGGACAUUGAUUUGAGUGACAUUGAUCUAGAUGACAUUAAGGAUGAGCUCUAAGCUGUCUUAGCGCUUUGUGAUUUAUUCCAAUUAUUACUUCGAGACUGCAGCCCCUUGCACAUUAUUCAUAUGUUUAGCAGAUCAACUUAAACCAAUGUCUAUUCUUAUUUAAGUCAGCAACGCCCGCAUGUAUAAAAA